AGACCAGGAUCCUUUGUUGUCUAUUCUGAUCCUGGUCCAGCUGUUAGUCAGAGCUGUGCUUUUUGACCCUGCAGGUCUGCCAUAGAUCUGGAGGAGAUGGCCUCAGGUCUGAACAAGAGGAGGAUGAUCCAGCACGCCGUCUUCAAGGAGCUGGUCAAGCUGGUCGACCCCGGCGUGAAGGCGUGGACGCCCACCAAAGGAAAAAACAACGUCAUCAUGUUCGUGGGUCUGCAGGGCAGCGGGAAAACCACCACCUGUUCUAAGCUGGCAUACUACUACCAGAGGAAAGGCUGGAAGACCUGUCUGAUCUGUGCCGACACCUUCAGAGCAGGCGCCUUCGAUCAGCUCAAACAGAAUGCCACCAAAGCCAGAAUCCCAUUCUACGGCAGUUACACAGAGAUGGACCCCGUGGUGAUCGCCGCCGAGGGCGUGGAGAAGUUUAAGACGGAGAACUUUGAGAUCAUCAUCGUGGACACUAGCGGGCGACACAAACAGGAAGACUCGCUGUUUGAGGAGAUGCUGCAAGUGUCCAACGCUGUGCAACCAGACAACAUCGUGUACGUGAUGGACGCGUCGAUUGGUCAGGCCUGUGAGUCUCAGGCCAAGGCUUUCAAAGACAAAGUGGACGUAGCGUCAGUGAUCGUCACCAAGCUGGACGGACAUGCUAAAGGAGGCGGAGCUCUGAGCGCCGUGGCGGCCACGAGGAGUCCGAUCAUCUUCAUCGGUACCGGAGAACACAUCGACGACUUUGAGCCGUUUAAGACUCAGCCGUUCAUCAGCAAACUGCUCGGGAUGGGAGACAUCGAGGGUUUGAUCGACAGAGUGAACGAGCUGAAACUGGACGACAACGAGGAGCUGAUCGACAAACUCAAACACGGUCAGUUCACCCUCAGAGACAUGUACGAACAGUUUCAGAACAUCAUGAAGAUGGGGCCCUUCGGACAGAUCAUGGGGAUGAUUCCAGGCUUCGGCACAGACUUCAUGAGCAAAGGGAAUGAGCAGGAGUCGAUGGCCAGACUGAAGAAGCUGAUGACCAUCAUGGACAGCAUGAACGACCAGGAGCUGGACAGCAAAGACGGAGCCAAACUGUUUAGUAAGCAGCCCAACCGGAUCCAGAGGGUGGCCCGGGGGUCAGGGGUCGCCACCAGAGACGUCCAGGAGCUCCUCACCCAGUACACUAAGUUCGCCCAGAUGGUCAAGAAGAUGGGAGGCAUCAAGGGGCUCUUCAAAGGAGGAGACAUGUCGAAGAACGUUAACCCGUCUCAGAUGGCCAAACUGAACCAGCAGAUGGCCAAGAUGAUGGACCCCCGAGUCCUGCACCACAUGGGCGGCAUGGCGGGUCUUCAGUCCAUGAUGCGUCAGUUCCAGCAGGGAGCGGCCGGAAACAUGAAAGGCAUGAUGGGAUUCAACAACAUGUGACCGCCGACCAACCAGCUGCCUUAACACAUGAAAACGACAUAUUAAAGCCCCGCCUCCUCGCAGGUACAGGUACAGCUGGAGGUGGGCGGGGCUGAGAGUGAGAGAGAGCAGGAAGUGAAGAGAGACAAAAUAAAAGCAGGAUGUUUGAUUUUUUUCGUUGUUGUCUUCUGCUGCUUUUCAUGGGAAAAUAAAGAUUUCUGCUUUUUGAAAACAAAACACCAGAAAAUCAAAGAGAUGACUUAAAGGAGCAGUCUGUAGCUUUAAAGCUGCUUCACUAAUAAAUUAAUGUCUGACUGCUCCUUUAAUGAUGAUGAAGAGGAGGAUGAUGGUGUUUGGGCCCCGUUAACUUCAUUCUGUUGAAGAUGUUUGUGUAUAAGAUGUAAACAGAGCAGAGAGUCCGUCCUGAUUGGACGAGGAGACACAGCGGUAGUUAGUGACAGUAUUUUUGUCAUAUAAUAAACAUUUGUAUCGCACCAUUUUAAA